AUGUCUAUCCAACGUAUUGGAAUAGAAAAGGCAUUACCUAUGUUAAUAUUAGGUGUCAGUUGUAUUUUGGCUGUCGCCAUAAUCUUUGGUAUUCUUUGUGGAAAUAUGAUACGAGCACGACGUAAAAUCGAAAGAACUCAACGUGAAAAUGAAGAAAAACAAGAACAAUAUCCUGUUUAUGUAAUCACUUCGCAAAGUCAAAAUUCGAUAGCAUUACCGAUUAGUACAAUAAACAAUAAAAUCAAUAAUACCAAUCAAAGUGCUGCUAUUCUUUCAUCUACUACUAAAAUUAACGAACAUUGUUUAUCAUCAUCAUCAUCAUCUCGUAUGGAAAUUGCACUUGAUCCAACAUUCAAAAUCCAUCCUUAUCAUCUAUUUCCUGUUAAACAUAUUGUGGAACUGUAG